GUGACUGGACGUCGGGAUCGAGUGGCUCUAACUAAGACAGGAGUGUGGACCAAGGAGGAAUUGAGGAGAAUCAAGUGAGAGUGGAAAGCGAAAGUGUGAUGUCGUCGUCAUCGUCCAUUGUAGACAUGGGCAGCACCGGCUGGAUGCCCUCCCUGCAAAGCCUUAGUGUGUUUAUCGUUCCGGGACUCCUUAUUGGCGUGAUCCUUUACCUUUGUGAGCAUCAGUAUGAUGACGUCCUGGGCGUACCGCCACCGGGACCUUGGGGUUUACCCAUACUGGGUUAUCUGCCCUUUUUGGAUGCAAGAGCUCCACACAAAUCCCUGCAAGCUUUGGCCAAACGUUAUGGCGGAAUCUUUCAGCUACGAAUGGGUAACAUUCGGACGGUAUUCCUCUCGGAUGUGGCUCUGGUAAGGGAGUUCUUUCGCCACGAGGAAAUGACGGAUCGGGCACCACUUUACGUCACACAUGGCAUUAUGGGUGGUUAUGGAAUCAUCUGCGCCCAGGGUGACAUUUGGAAACAUGCCCGUCGAGAGGUUAUCGACUGGCUGAAAUCCCUGGGCAUGACCCGUCGUCCAGGAGAGCGGCGGAGUCACCUCGAGCAGCGCAUUGGUCGGGGUGUGAACGAGUGCGUACAGCUCUUUGGCCAAGAGGCAGAUGAGAGUCGCAACUCGGAGUUUGAUCCCCAAGGAGCGCUCCAUCAUUCACUGGGCAACAUCAUCAACGAUCUGGUCUUUGGUAUCACCUAUGCCCGCAAUGAUCCCGACUGGCUGUACUUGCAGCGUCUGCAGGAGCACGGAGUCAAGCUCAUCGGUGUCUCCGGAGUGGUCAACUUCCUGCCCUGGCUACGCCGCCUGCCCUCGCAGGCUCGGAAUAUCCAGUUCCUGCUGGAGGGCAAGGCCAAGACACAUGCCAUAUAUGAUCGCAUAGCGGCCGCCUGCUCCGAGCGCCUUCAAAAGAAGCUAGCUCUUCACAAUGAGCGCGUGGAGCUGAUACGUCAGCAGGAGCAACUAGAGGAGAGGAGGCAACGGGAGAGUCAGCAUGGACAAGUGGGGGAGGAAUCAGAAGCGCCUGAGCUGGCCGAGGAGCCUGAGGAGGCUGUACCCUCUGCGGAGGAGGGUGACGAGGACCACAGCCAUUGUCAACGACAUCCACCCCAGCUGAUCGAGUAUAGCGAAGAGGACGAGCGGCACAAGUAUCAACCGCACUGCAUCCUGGAGCACUUUCUCGUCGAUCGGAAGGAAGGGUCACAGCUUUAUUGCGACGAACAGCUGCGCCAUCUGCUCGCCGACCUUUAUGGAGCCGGCGUGGACACCGCCCUGGCCACUCUCCGCUGGUUCCUAGUCUAUAUGGCCCGCGAGCAGGCCUGCCAGCGACGGCUCCAUGAGCUGCUCCUCCCGCUGGAUGCCACACCCUCGCUGGAGGAGCUGGAACCGCUGGCCUAUCUACGUGCCUGCCUGGCGGAGACGCAACGCAUACGCAGCGUGGUCCCGCUGGGCAUUCCCCAUGGCUGUGAGCGUGACUUCACCGUGGGUGACUAUCGCAUCCAGGGCGGCACCAUGAUUGUCUCCCUGAUGUGGGGCAUUCAUAUGGAUCCCCAGGCCUUUCCACAGCCCGAGGAAUUCCGACCGGAGCGUUUCCUUGGUCCCGAUGGGGGAUAUGUGGCACCACCACAGUUCAUUCCCUUCCAGGUGGGCAAACGCAUGUGUCCCGGCGAUGAGCUGGCCCGCAUGAUGCUCACCCUCUUUGCGGGGCGCAUCCUGCGUCGCUUCCACCUGGAGGUGGCUCCGGAUAGCCGGGACAUGGACAUGGCUGGUGAGAGUGGCAUCACCUUGACUCCCGCUCCCUACAAGCUGCGAUUCACCAGGCUGCCAGAGCGAAUGGAGCUGAUGAGGGAGGAGGUGCUGCGGGAUGAGUAAAGAGAACAGGUCUUGGCAAAGGUGCAGGAUUAGUUUAUGUCUUUUUUUUUAAUAAUAUUAAUAAUACUACUAAAUAUAUGUUAUCUUAACCAAAUAUUAAACAUAACCUUGCGUGAA